ACUAGAAAGGUUGUUUUGCUAUAAAGAGCUUGUUUGCAUUAGAACAAUACCUCCUUUCUCACUCUCCUCCUCACCACCACCACCCACCCCUCUUGCUUUUGCUUAUCACCUCAUUUCUAGAGAGAGAAACAAGAAGGGGGAGAGAGAGAGGAGAGAGAUGGGAAAUUGCCAGGCCAUUGAUGCAGCAACUCUGGUGAUACAAUACCCAAGUGGGAAAGUAGAGAAACUGUAUUGGCCUGUGAGUGCUAGUGAGAUUAUGAAGACAAAUCCUGGUCACUAUGUCGCUCUUCUCAUCUCCACCACUUUGUGCCCUUCAACUUCAAAACCCAAUGAGGAUAAUAUCGUCAACAACAACAAUAUUACCACCAACAAUCCCAAUAUCAACGAUAAUGCAACUACCAACAACAACAAUGGCUCCGUUCGUUUGACACGCAUCAAGCUUCUCAGGCCAACGGAUACUCUUGUUCUUGGCCAAGUUUAUAGGCUCAUCACCACUCAAGAGGUUAUGAAAGGUUUGUGGGCAAAGAAGCAAGCAAAGUUGAAGAGAUCAAAUAAUAACCAUAUUUCAGAAGGAGGGAUGAGAGUAGAGAUUGUUGGGCGAGAAAUAAAGCCAGUGGCAGCAAUUAGAAGAUCUGAUCAAAAUCAAACGGUGGAUAACGAACUACACCAGGUGAGUAAAGAGGAGCGACAACGACCAAGAACAACUUCUUCAGCAACUGCCUCUGCCACAGCCAGGCCAAGAACAUGGCAACCUUCACUUCACAGCAUUUCAGAAGCUGCAAGCUGACAACAAUGCAAGAAAAUGUUUUUUUUUUUUUUUUUUUUUCUCAUCAUCCAAACACUGCCAUAAGCAAUUACAUGGAAGCAAAACCUGCAGAGAAACUUGACAACAGAAAAGGAACUUCUACGGCAGAACUGUCUCUUUUUCUUAAUUACCGAUAAGAACUGUUAUUUUAACGUUAAUUAAAAUUUUUAACGAUUAAAAUAGCAGUUUUUAUCUAUAAUUAGAAAGAAUAGUUUCGACCGUAAAAAUUCCUGAAAACAAUCAUUAAAAAAAAUGGUAAAUUAUCCAAUGAGGAAUGCAGGUAUAAGACUGAGUUGGGGUGUACUUAAAAAAACUCUGUUGAUUGCAGAUCUGACUCUGAGUGAAGGAGAUCCAUUGUUGUGCAUAGG